GGUCCAAUAUAGCGCAUGCGCGCUGCCGGAGGACUGCUUCACGACCGAAAAAUGGCGAGAAUGCCUGCCAGCGUAGACACUGAGCGGGAUCGGAUGAGCUGCCCCGAGAGGCACGCGAAAGGGGAUAACGAGGAGGGGAAUAAAGAGGAGAUCCAAGAGGUCCAGAUCACUCGGAAGGAAGAAGACGAGGAGUCCGAAGGAGAUGGCGUGGAGCUGGAGUGGGAGUCAGGGGGCAAUGUGCUGGGCUCCAUCAGUUCCGUCACUGAGAUGCAAGCGGUCGUUAUGCGGAUUAUGGACCGAGAAGGGGGGGGUGGAGGCGGAUCCCUUUGGAAGCGGGUCCGGUGGGCUGGAAUCUCACCUGGAAGGACACCUUCAGCGGUCAGAGCGAAACAAGCUGAGCGAAAACACCCGCCUGGCCACACGGUAUGCGGUGAGGAUAUUCAGGGAGUACCUCAGCGAGAAAUCCCAAAGAGUGGACUUUGAAACUCUGGAAAAGGAGGCGCUCUGCACGGUGCUGCGCUCCUUUUACGCGGAGGCGCGCUCCAAAAGUGGACAGUUGUACAGCAAGUCGUCCCUCAUCAGCAUCCGGAGCUCACUUAAUCGGUACCUGAACGAGCCGCCCUACUGCCGCACACUGGACCUCACUAAAGACCCGGAGCUUCGUAGCGCCACUGGCCGCAGUCAUAGGCUGGAGGAGCAAGGCGCCGGUCGCGUGGUGCAGAAACAAGCCAUCACGCGCUCGGACCUGCGGAAACUGUACGAGUCAUCUGUGUUCCACGCGGAUACGCCGUUCGGGCUGCUCAACAAAGUGUGGUUCGAGACCUGCAUGUAUUUCUGCACCAGGGGCCGGGAGAACCAGCGGGAACUGGAAGAGGAUUCGUUCGGUCAGGCGGUGGAUGAGGACGGGAGAAAGUUUGUCUAUUUUAAAGCUCUCGGACCGCACCACAAGUCCCGCUCUGCCGCCUGGAACAAGAAGCGUCCGGACCCAGACGAGGAAACGUUGCCGCGGAUGUACGAGACCGGCUCGGAGCUGUGUCCGUACGCCAGCUUCGUCCGCUACGCGUCCAAACGGAACCCGCUCUGCAGGGCGUUCUUCCAGCGGCCGCGGGACCACUGCUCUGCAACGGAUGUGGCGUGGUACGAGAAUAAAGCUAUCGGUAAGAAUCUGUUGGGCACAAGGAUGCAGAUGUUGUCGCGCGCUGCCAAGCUCUCCAAGACCUACACCAACCACUGCAUCGGCGCCGUCUCCAUAGCGACGCUCAAUAGCAUUGUGGGCGCCACGGGCUCCACAACGUCGACAACGAAUAAAGUCAGCGCCGAUGAGGACACGGAGGCUCUCCAAGCCAAGAGGCUGUGCGCGCGCCCCGGGACAAACGCGGAGUCACUCAUAGUGCGGGACAAGAGCGAGAAGGGGCCUGCAAGAGCCACGGAGUCCCGUAUGCCCACCCAGCCUGCAGUGCGACCCCCGGUCACUGCGCGCUCACAGAUUCCUGAAGAGUAUGGGAUCGUCUGGAACGGACCUCACAGCCUUCACGGAGGCACUGUGUCAGUCCCUGAGGUUCAGCUGGCCCGUGAGCUCUCAGAUGAAGAGGUUGCAAUUUUGCCAGCUCCAGGAGUUUGUUACUGAGGCACUUAGACUAUAUGUAGAGACUGUGGAAGUGUUAUCAACAAUCUUAGACUGAUGUCCAACCCAUGUUUUUAUUUGUUGUGUUAGAACAAGCAGUCAAAAACUGAAAGUUUGCUUUCCUUUAAAAUAUAUAUAUAUGCAGAAUAAAAUUUUAAAAAAAGGUCAACUACUGCACAGUGUGUGAAUGAAACUUUUCAAAGACACUGAACUUGUGUCAAUUCAUCUGAACAGUGUAGGCAUUGACAUUAGGGCUGGGCAAUAUAGAGAAAAUCAAAUAUCACAAUAUUUUUGACCAAACACCUCAACGAUAUUGUAUGGUUGACAAUUGAUUCAUUCACAAAGUAUAUUCCACAUUUAAAUUUCUGAUAAAUAACCAUCUGUCAGGUAUUGAAACACGGAACAGAGGGGUGAGUUUCAAAUGCAGUUUUAUUGUUGCAGCGAUGCAGACGUCGAGAGGAAAGUAGGUUGUAAGACACAGGGUGGAUGGAGAAUCUUAACUGAAAGGCGAAGAGUCCUGCUUGCUCCGUGACGGAUGAAGAUGCCGAUGGAGGUGGUGAACAGCUGAUGAUGACGAAUGGAGUUUCCGGAAGGUAUCUGGGAAGACACGGAAGUGAGCUCGGAGAGUGUAGUCAUGGAAUGACGAGAUCAGACAAUGGGUGAGUGAUGCAUGUUGGGUUAUAAAGGAGUGCUGGUGAUUAGGCUCAGGUGAAGGUGAUUAGUCAGCUGACCGGGAUCGGGUGAUUGAAUGAGAAGGAGGAGAAUGGGAUUGAGUGGGAGGCGAUGUUGAACGGGAUGAGGGUGGAAUCCUGACACCAUCAUAAUGUGGAUAUAAUGACUAAGUGGUUUAAGGCAAAUAAUAGAAACUUACCAUGUAACAUUAUUCCACUUCAAAAUCACAAUAGUAAUAUAAUAUUGAACUUUUGCCCAGCCCUAAUUGACAUCUGUCUGAAAAAAAACGGGUUCCCACAGAAAUCUCCACUGUCAGUUCAGGAGGAAGCAUCUCCCAGCCAACCCAGAAUGUCAGCAGCUGGACCAGGGUACCCGGUGAAGCUAAAAGUCAUACAAUGAAUUGAAGACAUUUAGUUCAACUUUAUUUGAACGUAUCUAUCCAUGAGACAUAGAAGCAUUUGUAAAGAGAGAAAUUAGGUUUAAACCUGUUUCAAUGAACAUCCUUAGAAAGCCAGUGAUGCGGCAGGUGGUGUCAAAGUCUUUAUCAUCACUGUCCUCAACUUGCCAUGUGAUUUUUUCUAGGAGCAUCUUUAAGAAAACAAUAAUUGUAGUUUUUAAAAGGGAGAACUUAUUUUGGUGAAGGACUAUGCAGAGCACAUUCUUGGAAAAUUGAAAAAUAGCCAGCUCAGUCAUUGAAAAUAUACAUGAAAUUCAUCAAGUUAAGUCACAAAUAUAACUAAAUUACUGACUUACCUGGGGUGUGAACUGCAUUUCAGCCAUUUUGGGGAAAAGAAGUGGGGCAACAUCUGGCCUAGAUGUCAGCAGGGGCCAUACCAUCACAUCUUUCAGUCCCUUUCUCAACUGUUUAAUUUGGCGCAUGGUCCUCCCAAUGACUUAAGAGACAGACGGACCCAUAUUACAGCCCAAAUCCGUAACCCAAAUUUGACAAAAGUUGGCACAGUAGAAAAAAUGUUAAUAAAAGCACAAUAAAGUGCCUUAUGAAAUUAAUUAAAACUCUAGUACUUAAACUCUCGUGUUAACAUUAACAAGCCAGGGUUCAGAAGACAUUCUAUAAUUUCAACAAGUACAGGAAUGAAUUCUAUCACUUAACCAGCAGGAACGUCUCUCGGUUACGUAUGUAACCUUCGUUCCCUGAGGGGAACGAGACGCUGCGUAAAGACGCUGUGGGAACGCCCGUGUGUGACCUUGUCAUGAAGCACGUGUGAAAUCUAACCAAUGGCGAGCUGGUACGUCAUAGGCAGGCGACGCUAGGACCAGGAGGCUACAAAGGGCCCCGAAACACAAGCCCAUUCAUCUCUGAACGGCCGUAUCAAGUGCCACGGGCAUGCCGGGAGUAUGGCAUAGACACGCAGCGUCUCGUUCCCUUCAGGGAACUAAGGUUACAUAUGUUACGAACGUCUACACAGGGCAGUUCUGUGGACGUAAGAGUCUAGAGCCCUAACUGGGCAGAGGAGGAUCAGCUUCGCUUGGUCCGACGUCAGGAAAGGAGGAGGACAGAAAGCCUGCAGAGCGAUAGGCCCGACCGAACUGGACGGCGCUUUAGGAGUAUAGCUGGGGGAAGGACGUAGAAACGCCUUCAUCGUCCCGGGUGCAAACUCCAAGCAUGAAGGGGCCACUAAGAGGGCUUGCAUAUCUCCAAUUCUCUUGAGGGAAGAAAUAGCAAGCAGAAAGAGGGUCUUAAGAGCCACAUCCCAGUAAGCAUUUUUUGGGUGAAAAAGACGUUGAAUAGACGUUUAUGCCCGACGUUGAAAAGACGUUGCAAAAUGGUUUAAAAGUGAAAGUUGUUUCAACGUCUACGAAUAGACGUUGAAAAGACGUCUAUGUUUAGACCACAUAUCAACGUGACUUU